AGCAGGGGCAUCAGCAGCUCUUCCAAACAGCGGAGCGUCGCCGUAGACGGAGCGCUUUCACUCACUGUUGCGAUUAAAGUUGAGCGCGACACGCUGAUGACCUGCGAGCAUCCUCCGGGGAAACUGUGCAUUUGACUGGCUUAACGAGCGUCAGUUUCCAUCUCCUCACCACAGAUCAUUUGUUGCUGGCUGAGCUCCGCUGUCCAACAGUCCUGUGGCUGUGUUUGAAGCGGCGCACUGACGGAUACGGACAGACUCCGAGGAUCACAGAUGGACUGGCUCACACCUGAGAUGUGAAGUGUGUUAUGUGAGCCAAGGUGUUUUCCCACCUCGCUGGUGGUGGGGAGAGAUGCUGCACUCCGUUGCCAUGACAUCAGAAGUUCUCUUUGUUCUUGGGUUCCUGAUGAGCGGCGCUCAGUGUAAUCCUAUAGCGAGCGUACCGGUGAGCCGAGAACGCCUGGAAAGGGUUUUGACCCAAGCCAGGGAGGACAAACACCAGGACAAGCAGAGCCCCGAGGAGCCAGUGGGAUAUGCUGCUCAGCAGCAGCAGCAGCAGCAGCCGCAGCCAGAGGAAAUCAAUGCUCUGGGCCCCAACAGGACUGCUGUGAGCCGCGCCAGGCCCAACCUCACAUCCCAGGCACGAGGAUCUAAAGGCGGGAAUUCCCAGGAGCUGUGGAGCGAACAGGACAGCCCGAACCAAAUAGACGAGGGCCCCACCAGUGACGUCACGCUCUCCCUGGACGCCAUCGACGAGUACGCCUACCCAGACUACAGGGGCAAAGGCUGCAUGGAUGAGAGCGGCUUUGUGUUUGCCAUCGGCGAGGAGUUCACCCCGGGCCCUUCAACUUGCCCUUGCCUCUGCACAGACGAGGGCCCUAUGUGUACCAAGCCCGAAUGUCCCAAGGUUCACCCUCGCUGCAUUAAAGUGGACACAAGCCAAUGCUGCCCUCAGUGCAAGGAGAAAAAGAACUACUGCGAGUUCCGGGGAAAGAUCUAUGCCUCGCUAGAAGAAUUUAAGGUGUCUCCAUGUGAGAAGUGCCGGUGUGAGCCAAGCGGAGAGGUGUUGUGCUCUGUGGCAGCCUGCCCGCAGACGGAGUGUGUGGACCCCGAGUACGAGCCGGAUCAGUGCUGUCCCAUCUGCAAGAGCGGGCCAAAUUGCUACGCGGACACAGCGGUGAUACCGGCCGGCCGGGAAGUGAAGAUUGAUGAGUGUACAAUCUGCUACUGCACAUAUGAAGAGGGCACGUGGCAGAUUGAGCGACAAGCCACCUGCAGCAAGAACGAGUGCCAGCGGAGCUAAAGACUGGCACAGUGAGGGGGGACUUUGGCACAUUUCACCCAGCAAACUGGACAUCAGGGUCGCACAGCAGCCCUCGAGCAUUUCAACAUUUAUACUGUAGUCACUCCUGUAUUACUGAAAAAUGCUUUUAUGAAAGUUUAUAAUCCACACACAGAAUAUCUAUUUAUCUAUGUAUUAAAUUAUUUAUGAAUAUAUACAAAAUAUAGGGGUCAUUAAUGCUGAACUCGUGAAAAAAUAUUUUUUAUAGCCUCUGUAUUUUAUUAAGCAAUGUAUUGGACCAGAGGUCAAUAAAACAACAGAAUGUAUAGAACACACACAGCUGUCUUUGGAGGUGAAAACCUCGACGUUUCGACACGUGGUGUCUUUUGACGAGCCCUGACACCCGUCCUUCUACCACCAAAGUGCAGACUAGACAAUGUGCGAUCCGUUUCAGAACAAUGGAUGAAGAUUUGCUGUGUAAGAUGAUCAAGUGAAGAGUUAAAAACAACGGGGAGGGGGAGAAAACAAGCGCAAAUUCAAGAGAACUUGACUGUUUCCUGAUUUCUUUGAUCUUUUUUGGAUGUUCAAAUGUGCUUUGAUUUGGAAGUGCUUUUUUGUAUUUCUCUUGGUACCGUGUGUUCAUGUUUCAAAUAAAUGCCAAUCUGUGCUCUGUAGAA